AUGAUCUGCUCCUCCUGCCGCGCCUCCUUGCGCCAGACGCGCAUCUUCGAUCGACCUCCCUCGGCUCUGCGAUCCUUCUCCCGAACCAGCCUCGCCGUCCCAUUCGCUUCCUCUAGAGGCCUCACGAUACCCGAGUCCCAAAGGCAGCAAUGUCGACUUCUUCGAACCCCAAGACGGCGGCCAGCUUCCUUGGCUCGACUCUUCUCGGCCUCCGUCUCAUCCGCUCGACUCUUCUCGGCCUCCGUCUCCUCAGCCUCUUCGGCCUCGUCCAACGCCUCCUCCUCUCAAGGCAACCCUGCUCGGCAAGAAUCUGGAGAGAGGCAAAAGGAGGAGGAGGAAGUGGAAUACAUGUCGCCCGCCGAGGCCUCCAUCGCCGCCCUCCUCGCCGACAAGCUCGCCCCGACCUCCCAUCUCCUCGUACAGGACGUCUCCGGCGGUUGCGGCAGCAUGUACGCCAUCCAGGUCGCCUCCCCUCGAUUUCGCGGCCAGUCCCUGCUCAAGCAGCAGCGCAUGGUCAACGCUGCUCUAGGCGACCUCGUCAAGAGCUGGCACGGCGUCCAGAUCCGCACCAUCGUCCCCGACGAGUGA